AUGGACCCUUUGACUGCACUCGGCCUCGCGGCAGCCGUGGUGCAAUUCGUCGGCUUUGCUUCUCAUCUUGUCUCCAAGACCAAAGAAAUCCAGGAAUCCGCGACUGGGCAAAGCAAGCAAGCAGCGACGCUAGAGACAAUCUACACCCAAUUACAGCAUCUGAACUCUCGGCUGGAGCUGUCUUCAAAGCGUGAUCCAAGACUCGAAGUAGUUCAAGGGUCGACUGACCUUGUGGCGCAUGUUUUCGCCAUCAACGACUUGUCACGGAUAUGCGAAGGUGACUGCCAGAGGCUUCUAGAUAUCGUACGCAAGCUCCAGGUGGGUAACGAUUCUAGGCGCCGAUGGCAGAGCUUCAGAGUUGCCUUGAAAACGAUUUGGAAAGGUAGCGAAAUUACCGACCUGGAGCAGCGGCUACACAGCACGCAGACGACUCUGACGCUCCAUGUCUGCUCGCUGACAAGUUAUUGGCACCAUAACUUCGACCGGCAACUCAGAGAACUUCACAGUGAGAGCCAACGAUUGAAUGCGCAGCAGUCGACAAGGCUCGACGGUAUGGCGAGGAUACUUGGAGAGCUGAGUGAGCGCAUUGCAGCGAGCAGAUCACCAUCAAUGCCUAAUAUGCUUAAUUCGUCCGAUAUUACAAGCCUGGAGGGUCAGAUGGCACAGCUAUCGCUGUCCAAGGCGGCCGCGGCUAAAGAACACCUAAUCCUCAAGUCGCUCAGCUUCAAGAGCCGGCCCAUCCGGUAUAGCUCGAUCCCGGAAGCCCACAGCCGCACGUUUGAAUGGGCUUUCGAGGACCAUCACUCACGAAGUAAAGAGGACACGGAAACUAGUGACCUGCUUGCAUGGCUCAGAGAAGGGAAAGGCUUCUUUUGGGUGUCAGGGAAACCUGGUUCGGGCAAAUCGACAUUCAUGAAAUUCGUGGCAGACCAUCCAAGCACCUUGUCCGCCCUCACUCGCUGGGCAUCUCCCAGGCGUACAGUUCUGGCAAGUCAUUACUUCUGGAGCGCCGGCACGCCGAUGCAGAAGUCUCAGCAGGGCCUCCUACAAUCGCUACUGUACGACAUCUUCCGGCAGCUCCCAGAUCUCAUCGAGUCGGCUUGCAUCGAGCGGUGGCAGAAGACCGUGGAACAGCUUAGCCACGAACCGUGGCUUGUAUCCGAGCUACAACGGGUCUUGAAACGAAUCUCGAGCCGCGAUGUGACUGCCAAUUUCUGCUUUCUUAUAGACGGUCUCGACGAAUUCGAAGGUGACCACGUCGACUUUUGCCGUAGCCUCCACGACCUCGCGCAGUCGCCUCAUGUAAAACUUUGCAUCUCGAGCCGGGCUUGGAAUGUCUUCGAGGACUCAUUCGGUCGGGCUGGUGCGGCGAAGCUGUAUAUUCACGAGCUGACCCGCGACGAUAUUCGCAGUUAUGUCGAGCGACGGCUCCAAGACCACCCCCGAUGGAAGGAACUCGAUGCCGAGGUUUCCGACGCCGCAUGGCUAGUUGGAGAAAUUACUAAACGAGCAGCAGGUGUGUUUCUCUGGGUUUUCUUGGCCACCGGGCAGUUACGCAACGGCCUGACUGAGUAUGACACCUUCUCUGACUUACAACGCCGACUUGAGAGUAUCCCUGCCGACCUGGAGGCUUUUUUCAAACAGAUUCUCCAGUCGGUAGAGCCAUUUUACCACGAGAAGAUGGCCUCUACACUGCAGAUUGCCCUCGAAGCCAGGGAGCCUGCGCCUGUGGCAGUCUAUGGGUUUCACGAACUUGAGUACGACAAUAUGAACUUCGCUCUUGAGUGUCCGUUGCGGGCGUUGAGCACGGAACAGGCUACUACCAGGCGGAAGCAGAUAACCCGUCGACUGAAUGGACGGUGCCGUGGACUUCUCGAAGUCAACCCACUCAGUCAACGUGUAGAAUUUCUCCAUCGGAGCGUCAUGGACUUCCUGAGAACAAGUGAUAUGUGCAAGUUCCUAUUAGAGACAGCCCCCCGGAACUCCAACGCGAACCUUUCGCUCCUUCGAGGAUAUACGGCCUACAUCAAAACCACUAAAUUCUUGAAGUUCGUGGACCGCACAGCGUUUGCCCAGUUUACCAGCUCGUCUCCAAUAUCAGCUCUAGAAGAAGCUGUGGUCCAAGCACGUGAGCUAGACAAGACCAUGGAAGCCCAUCUGCUCCUCGACGAACUUGAUCGCUGUGUUCCCGAGAUGCACAGAGUGGGACAGGCGAUACUAAACGUGUGGGGGAAUCCGUCGAAUCCAGUUGUGGUCUUCUUGCGGGAGCUGGUAGUCAAGAACUGCCUGGUCGGUUACCUCAACCGCACACUACCAAGCCAGCCCAAUUACUUCAUUGAUUUCGAGAAGCCGGUCUUGACAUCCGUGAUAGAUUCACUCAUGAUACACUGCACGUCUUUGGGCCAGUUUGGCGAGAAUAUCGAAAUGCUCCGAUGUCUUUUGGAGAAUGGCUGCGAUCCCAACGCCAUUUAUUACGACAUGACUAGAACCACGGAUCGCGAACGAACUCCGUGGAAAGAUCUCAAGAGGUUUUUGUCAAUGCCUUCGAAUCAUUAUUCUCUAUUACAUGGUAGUUCGAAUUUUAGACAGAUUGCCAUAGAUGAUGGGCGGCCCUCAAUGCUGAUGCUCAAGUAUGGGGCAAAUUGA